CCCGGAACCGGGCGCGGCUCCCGCGGGCGGGCAGAGCCCGGCGGCUGCGGAGGGUCCCCGGCAGGGAGGGUCGCUGCCGUCCCCGCCGCAGGAAAGCUGCCGCGAACAAACCAUUCACGAUGUCAAUCAAAAAGGAAGGUGCCCACAAGAAGUGGGCUGCCCUGAAGGAGAAACUCGGACCCCAGGAGACUGACCAGUCAGAGGCCAACCUGGAAAAUGCAGAGCCAGAGCUGUGCAUCCGUCUCCUGCAAAUGCCCUCAGUGGUGAACUACUCCGGGCUGAAGAAGAGGCUGGAGAACAGCGACGAUGCCUGGAUGGUCCAGUUCCUGGAGCUGUCCGGCCUGGACCUCCUCCUGGAGGCCCUGGACAGGCUGUCUGGGCGAGGAGUGGCCAGGAUAUCCGAUGCCUUGCUUCAGCUCACCUGCAUUAGCUGUGUGCGAGCGGUCAUGAACUCCCACAAAGGCAUAGAAUACAUUGUGAGCAACGAGGGCUACGUCAGAAAACUCUUCCAAGCACUCGACACAACUAAUGUCAUGGUCAAAAAGCAAAUAUUUGAGCUCCUGGCUGCACUGUGCAUUUACUCAUCAGAUGGCCACUCUUUGGCUCUGGAUGCCUUGGACCAUUACAAGAGUGUGAAGAACCAGCAGUAUCGAUUCAGCAUCAUAAUGAACGAGCUCUCCAACACAGACAACGUGCCAUACAUGGUGACACUGCUGAGUGCCAUCAAUGCCAUCAUCCUGGGGAAAGAGGAGCUAAGGACAAGGACACAAAUCAGAAACGAGUUCAUAGGGCUUCAGCUGUUGGAUGUUUUAGACAAGCUAAGAGACAUCGAGGAGGAGGAUCUGCUUAUCCAGUGUGACACAUUUGAGGAGUUCAAAAUAGAGGAUGAUGAGGAAUUAUUAAGGAUAUGCGAUGGGAUAAACAUGAAUGAUCAUCAUGAGGUUUUUUCAUCUCUCUUCAAUAAAGUGAGCCGCUCCCCAGUCUCUGUCCAGCUGCUGUCCAUCCUUCAGAGCCUGCUGCACUUGGAGCCCUCUCAUCACUCCAGCCUCCUGCUGUGGGAGUCCCUGGAUGCCGUAGUGAACAGAGCCCUUUUACUCGCCAAUGACAUCCAAGGGAACACAGUUGAAGAAGUCAUUGAGAGGCUGCUAUCUAUCAAAAAACAUCCAAACAAGCAAAAGCGAGCUGAGAACCGCCUGUCUGGGAGCGCAGCUGGAGGCGUCCAGGGUGAACCAGAACCAUGUGCUCGUGCAGCUCGGUGUCCAGUGGGAUCAUCAAACCCCACCAGAGCACCAGGGAUAUCCUCAGGGCCACUGGCCAAUGAAAAGAAGAUCUCAUCCUGCCAGUUCACAGCCUGCUGUGCUCUGCCAGAGAAAUCUAACCCUCCCUCCAACACUGCUCCCAACCCGGCUCCUCCAGCCCCACCUGCUCUACCCUCUGGCACAGCAGCCAUGAACCCCACAUCCCCCAUGACAAAUACACCUCCAGCCCCUCCCCUCCCUGCCAUCCCUCCUCCUCCACCCCCAUUGCCUGGCAUGGGGGGUAUUCCCCCUCCUCCUCCCCCUCCACCCCCAUUGCCAGGCAUGGGUGGCAUCCCUCCUCCUCCACCCCCAUUGCCAGGCAUGGGGGGUAUUUCCCCUCCUCCUCCACCCCCAUUGCCAGGCAUGGGGGGUAUUUCCCCUCCUCCUCCACCCCCAUUGCCUGGCAUGGUGAGCAUCCCUCCUCCUCCACCUCCACUGCCUGGCAUGGGUGGCAUCCCUCCUCCUCCACCUCCACUGCCUGGCAUGGGUGGCAUCCCUCCUCCUCCACCUCCACUGCCUGGCAUGGGUGGCAUCCCUCCUCCUCCACCUCCACUGCCUGGCAUGGGUGGCAUCCCUCCUCCUCCACCUCCACUGCCUGGCAUGGGUGGCAUCCCUCCUCCUCCACCCCUCCUUCCUGGCAUGACAGGAGAUCACAUAGAGGCUGUGGUGGCCUCCCAGUACAGCUGCCCCCUGGGCAUGGGCAGGCCUCCCCACAAGACAGUGAAGACACCAACGCUGAGGAUGAAGAAGCUGAACUGGCAGAAGCUGCCCUCCAACGUGGUGAGAGAGAGCCACUCAAUGUGGGCUUCUGUGAGCAGCAGCAGCGAGGAAACGAUAGAGCCCAACUACAGCAGCAUCGAGCAGCUGUUCUGCUUCCCACAGCCAACCCCCAAGGAGAAGACAGCAGCACCAGUGAAGGCAGAGCCGAAGGAGAUCACAUUUUUGGACUCCAAGAAAAGUCUCAAUUUGAACAUAUUUUUGAAGCAAUUUAAAUGCUCCAAUGAAGAGGUGACUGCCAUGAUCCAGAAUGGGGACCGGACCAAGUUUGAUGUUGAGGUUCUGAAGCAGUUGCUGAAGCUGCUGCCUGAAAAGCAUGAGAUAGAAAACCUGAAGGCUUUCAAAGAAGAGAAAUCAAAACUAGCAAAUGCAGAUCAGUUCUAUCUUCUUCUCCUUCAGAUUCCCAGCUACCAGCUGCGCAUCGAGUGUAUGCUGAUCUGUGAAGAGACCACUGUCGUGCUCGACAUGAUUCAGCCCAAAGCUGAAGCCAUCCGCAGAGCCUGUGAAGAUCUUCUGACCAGUCAUCGCCUGCCAGUUUUCUGUCAACUGAUUCUCAAAGUUGGAAACUUCCUGAACUACGGAAGUCACACAGGCGAUGCCGAUGGGUUUAAAAUCAGCACUUUACUCAAACUAACAGAAACCAAAGCAAACCAAACCCGCAUUACACUGCUCCACCAUAUUCUGGAGGAAGUAGAAAACAGCCACAAGGACCUACUGGAGCUGCCAAAGGAUCUUGAAUAUGUUUCAAAAGCAGCAGGAAUUAAUCUUGAUAUUAUACGCACGGAGUCUGGGACCAAUUUAAAGAAGCUGCUGGAGCUUCAGCGGAAAGUCUUAUCAUCAAAUGAGGAUGUGAAACAACAAUAUGAGAAACCCAUCCAGGACAGCAUCGAUGCCUCCAGAAAGCUGGAAGAAGAAUUUGAAACCAUUGAAAAGAAGAGAGAAGAACUUGCAAAUUACCUCUGUGAAGACCCAAGCAAGUUGUCCUUAGAGGACAUAUUUAGCAUCAUGAAGACCUUCAGAGAUCUCUUCAUCCGAGCCCUGAAGGAAAACAAGGACAGAAAGGAGCAAGCUGCCAAAGCAGAGAAGAGGAAAAAACAGCUAGAAGAGGAAGAGGGGAAGAGACAGAAGGGAGAAAAUGGAAAAGUCAUCAAGAAGGGGCUGAUGAAGCAGGAGGAGGUGUGUGUCAUCGACGCCCUGCUCGCCGACAUAAGGAAAGGGUUCACGCUGAGAAAGACAAAGAACAGACACGAGUCAGAUGCAGCUCCUAAACCCUUGUCUGCAGAGAGCCCAGAGGAAAGCCAUUCUGGAAAGAGCAUGAGGGAUCCACAAGCAGCAGGGAAGCAGAUUGAUGACACGACCGAGCAAAACAAGGAUGAUCAUCCCUCAGAAAGCCCUCCUCCCUCAGCCACUGCCCCAAUGGAGACAGGUGGAGGUAUUACAAAUGGUUCAGCUUCAGGCCAAGUAUUACCUAAAAGCAGUGCUGGAGGAAGUUUGCUGCAGGAGUCCCAGACCAAAAGCCCCUUAGUGAGCAUGGUGGAAGCUGAUGGAGCCAGUCAGACCAUGCUGGGGCCUGGGAUGGAGCAGGCAAACAACGUGGAAAGCCUCCAGCCCAGCACAAAGAGCGGCUCCUUUGCCUUCUCUGUGGCUGACAUAGGCACAAGGAUAAGCUUUGUAAGCAGCAGUUCAGCCUCUGCUGUGAGAGACCAGCUCAGCUGGACUAACGGGUCCACGUCAGGAGGCCAGGACAAGGAAUGCCCAACUGGUGGCUCAGAGAGUGCUCAGUCUGCUCCCUGCAACGAGGCCCAGCAGGUGGAGUCAAAAGAAAUGACGAAGGAAAAUGAAGACCCAGGUACAGACUCGCUGUUGGACACCUCUCAAGACAAGUCCUUCUCAGAGGAGCCGGCCACCGACUCCUCUUGUUCAGCAACACUUCCCCCAGAGCAAGCUCACACCGACAGGGAAAAGCAGAGGCCAUCAGGGAAACGGAAGAAGAAGAAGAGGCACAGCAAAAGCUACUCAGCAGAGGUUGAGACUGAUACUGGAGAUAAUAAAACAAAAAAAGAUUGUGUGGCACAAUGAGGUGUGAUGGCAAGACAGAAGGUGUGAGAGAACCUCUCAUGUCCCUGGAGCACUGCCAGCUUUUGAGACUCCAGGUUCUGUAUCAGUGAAAUGCCACCAUGGACAACUUCUUCCCCAUGAAGACCCACAGCCUCUCCUCAUGCAGCCUUUCACUCUCCUCCCCAGAGCCUAAAGAGCCUCCCCAGAGACUUUGGACCCCUCAGCCUGUGCCUUGCACUGGCCACCUGUGGGGGCAGGGGACAGUUCUGUGCAUAGUGGCAGUGAAAGGGUCAGACCUGUCAUGUACUGUCCUGGAAGCCAAGUCUUUCACGCUGCUCUUAGGCCAAACUCCUCUUGAAAUGACAGCUGAGUGUGGCCCAAGAACAGACUGCAGUGUUUAGUCCUCAAAGAAGUGUUAAAAACAGCAGUGCCUCAACUAAAUUAAGGGUAUAAAUUAAACAGUGGCUGUACCAUCACGGGUGGAGGUGUGUUAAGUCCCUCUUCUCGUUGCCCACUGAUGACUUAUAUUGGACCAGGUCCAAGACCCAGAUUAGACAAAUGUAUUUUUACUCUCAAGCACUUAAAGCAAGGGAAAUUGGUCACAGGGAAAAAAACAAAAACAAUUAAAGUAUGUAUUUUAGUAAGCAUAUGGCCAUAUAAAUAGUGUUUGGUUCCUACAUGAUGCUUAUGUGCAAUUGAAGCACAUCAGUAGUCUCAAGUAGUCUUGUCACACAGGCCGAUGCAUCCAUCAAUUUUUGGACAACCAGGGCCCUAGUUUAUCUUACUAAAGCAAAAGAAAGAGGUUUUCCAGAGUGCUCUAUUGGACACAUUUUCAGCUUAUCCUGUAGUAAAUCUCUGGGUUUGACUUCUGUUGUCAUCUGCUUGUACUCAAGAGUCUAUGUCCAAGCUGCAAAAUGUGUGGAAUCAUGUUACUUUGGCUUUAAAACUGGGACUGUGCAGUAUUGUGUUUUCAAAAUUCAGAGCUUUAUUUCUCAAGUUUUGUAAUAACACUGUAUAAUAAUUUUGUACAUAGCUGUCCAUUUAAAAUGAUCUAUGUUUGUUGAAUCUAUGAUGUGAUAUGUACUGAAACAUAAAUCCAGUGGAAGAGCUGGGUACAUUUCAGAACUGUUCAUUUAUAUGGUAACUCACCGUGGCUAACCUAGUGUGCAGGCUAAAGCUUAUUUUGCUUUGCUUAAUAGGACUUGUAAUGUCCUUGUAACACUGAAAACUUAGAAGUGAAACCAAGAAUUAAAUCACUGGUUUGCUUUAACCAAGGCAUCACUAUGAGCAUAUUGAGAACUGGUCAACAGAAGCAGAGAUGAGAGCAGACACAAGGGCAGGUUCAGUGCAGGAGACACUGCAGAGUAGCAUAGCCCUGUUGCAACAGAAACCCACUCCUGCUGGCAGAAGCAGGGAUACCCCCAGCAUUCCCUGCAGAACCAUGUCACCCAGGUUUGAUUUGCAGGACUGUCUCUAUCACAUCUACAGGUUUCCCCUUUUUUCCCCUCUUCUCCAGUCUCAGAGCACAUCACCUAAGCACCAUCCUUUUGCUCUUCAGUCUAGCUUCACUGCUGUCAGAUAGACUCCAAGCUGCAAAAUCCUGAGUAUUAAACACAUUUUCCCAGCUCUGUGUUUGUGGAAGAGCCUGCAGCCCAGGCUAGCAGUGCACAGCCAUCCUCCUCUUCACCACCCCACUGUUAGAUCAAUAGGAACAACAUCAUUUGGAGAUGCAGGACUGGGGAACAAACAGGUUUUCUGGGUGUUACCUAGGGAACCUUUCCUGCUGAUGCCCCACUGGCUGCUCACUUCAGAUGCUACAGCAUCUGAAGUGUCCAUUUCUCCAUCUGAGUCUUUCAGUUUCCUUCAUUUCCACAGCCAGAGUUUUUAUUACUCUGUGUGCUUACCUUGGCCUUUAAAGAGAGGGGGUUUGGCAUUGUUUUUCCCCUGCUUUCAAAAGUUUACAAAGAAAUGGGUUAUUUUGAGCCACCAGAGGCUCUUUGUUCAAUAGUCAUCUGUAAAUUAUCUAUUCAGUCACAUCCCAAUCAGCAGACUCAAGCACAACAUUUAUAAUUUGUUGCUCCAGAGCAGCUCUGCUUCCAUUAAAGUGAUUAUUUAUGAAGAACAGAAGAAAAAAAUCAGAGCAGGUCAAAGACUGAUAUUCAACUGGGAUGUGCAGUUUUGUUCCAUUUAUGAGCUUGAAAUAAAGCUCAUGAUCCUAAAGAUUUUUCAGUGGUUGCAAGACCAAAUUAAUUGUUGGUAAAAAGAAUACCACAGCCAAUUCAACAGAGCUGUGGUCAUUUAAAUCAACCAUGAGUAAAGACCUCAGAAUUCUUGUGAUAUAUAACAGCAACUGCACAUGGGGUCUGGUGUGUUACCCAGGCUGUGACCACCACAAGCUUCUUGCUGCCAAAUAAAUGCAUAUUCUGUAAUUAAGCAUUGGCUAUAUGAUAAAAUGAAAGUAUGGGAGAAAUCAGCAGAAAUAUUUUCAAAAUAUUUCACAUCAAAAAUCAGUUAUGUUUAGUGAGAUGGAUUUUCAGGCUUAGUUUUUGGGGAGUUUUGGUUGGUAUUUUUUUAUUUCAAUACUGAAACUAUUUCAAAGUUUAGAAUAAAAUAAAUACUUGGUGAGUUUCCUUUCUCUGGUGGGGAUGGGGAAGACCUAUGAUUCAUGAGAAUUCAUCCAUCACAGUCCAAAUUUUUCAUAUAGUAUAUAAAGCAUCUAAGCAUAAUUGUCAUGUAUGUAAGCAAUUUAUACUUAGUAAUAAUUAUCAAUGGUUUUGCUCUUCUGCCAGUUCCCUCAAUACCUUUGGGAGGAUCCCAUCAGGCCCCAUGGGUUUGUGAGUGCCUAGGUGGCACAGAAGGUCAUUGACCAUUUCCUCCUGGAUUGUGGGGGGUCUUUUCUGCUCUCUGCCCCUGACUGCCAGCUCAGGGGGCUGGUUGCCCUGAGGAUGACCAGUCUUACUGUUAAAGACUGAGGCAAAGAAGGCAGCCUUUUCCUUAUCUGUAGUGAUAAUGUUCCCCUCCACAUCCCAUAAAGGAUGGAGAUGUUCCUUGUGCCUCUUUUGUUGGUGGUGUAUUUCUAAAAACACUUUCUAUCAUCUUACACAGCAGUGACUGGAUUGAGUUCUAGCUGAACUUUUGCCUUCCUAAUUUUCUCUCUACAUGACAUCUCACCAUCCCUAUAAACGUUGAAGAAACUACUUGAUAUGACACUUCGUGCUGUGGUUUAGUUGGCACAGCAGUGUUUGGUCGAAGGUUGGAUCUGAUGAUCUUGGAGGCCCUUCUCCAAAGUUAAUGAUGCUAUGAAAAGAACAGAAAUAUAAAUGGAGCUAUAUCCAGUCCACGAGCACCACCACAGCUUUGCACUGUACUUGGAGUGUGGCUGAAAUCUCAAAGCUAUGCCAGUAUCUCUUGGGCUGAGUGUGCCAUUUGAUUCUCUCCUCUCCUACAUUCCAUACAGCCAAGGGGGCUGAGAAAUACCUUCUGUUCCAGUUAGAAAGAGGCAAGAUAAAUGGAAAUAAAA